AUGCUGGCCUGCCUGCAGAGGACUCAGAACCCCCCAGCCCAGCACCUCCCCUGCCCCAACAAGGCGCUGGAGCCACGCAAGUGCGAGACGGCCCCCAUGCAUUCCCCGCGCUACCCCAGCCCCGCCGAGCUGGAUGCCUACGCACAGAAGGUGGCCAACAGCCCGCUGACCAUCAAGAUCUUCCCCACCAACAUCAGGGUCCCCCAGCACAAGCACCUUAACCGGACGGUGAACGGCUACGACACCACGGGGCAGAGGUACAGCCCCUACCCCCUGCACGCCGGCGGCUACCAGGGGCUGCUGGCCAUCGUCAAAGCCUCCGGCAAAAGCGUGGUGAAGAACUCGGAGGGGAAGCGGACUAAGCUCUCGCCUGCCCAGGUGGGCGUCGCUCCCUACCCCGCCUCAAGCACUUUAGCUCAAGGUCCCUCCUGCGCCGGGCAGCUGAGCUACCACGGCGGCCAGAAGCAGCUGGAGGGUCCCGUGCCCCCCAACGUGACGGUGGCGGCCUCGGUGCUGCCUCUGGCGGGAAGGAGCCUGGCCCUGCCGCCCUCCAACCUGCCCUCCAUCCAGAGCAUCAUCUACCAGAUCAAUCAGCAGUGCCAGGCGCAGGGUGCCCAGCCCGGCUGCCCGGCCGUCGUGGCCGCCCACCCCAGCCCGGCCAAGCACGGCGCGUUCGGCCCCGGCUACGGCGGCACCGUCCUGCCCGAGUGCCGCAAGGGCGCCGAGCUGGCGCUGGGCUCCAACCCGGCCGCCGCCCUGGGACCCAAGGCGGGCGUUUACCCCGAGGGCAUGGACUACCUGGUGUGGCAGCAGAAGCAGCAGCAGCAGCACCUGCGAAUGUACAGCGGGGGCAGCGGCGGCGGGGGGGCCCUCAGCAAAUCCCCCGAGACGUGCGCGGGCGCCUCGCGGCCCUACGGCCUGGGCGGCGCGGCCGACAAGGUGAGCUCGUCGCCCUUGAACUGCAUGCACGGCAACUUCGCCGUGGGGCAGUACUUCGCUCCCCCCUGGAACAGCAUCCUGGUGACCCCCAACAGCGACUGUUACAACCCACCGGAGCUGGGGGCCGGGCCCCGCGAGCUGGGGGUGCCCCCGGCCGAGGGGCUGCCCAGCAAGACCCUCUGCAAUACCUCCAUCCUCAGCAGCAGCCUCCAGUCCCUGGAGUAUCUCAUCAACGACAUCCACCCGCCCUGCAUCAAGGAGCAGAUGCUGGGCAAGGGCUACGAGACCGUGUCUGUGCCAAGGCUCUUGGACCACCAGCACGCCCACAUCCGCCUGCCCGUCUACAGAUAAGGGAUUGAUGCUGCUCUUCCCAAACCCAGGGCGAGGACUUUGGCGCGAGCUGCCGGUACCGG